AUGUUCUCAGCAGCCUCAGGCCUAAUUGCUAAUCCAAACAAAAGCUGCAUUUAUUUUGGAGGAGUGAAUAAUCUGCUUCAACAGCAAAUUAUGGACAUACUAGGCUACACAAAAGGUGAACUACCUUUCGUAUAUCUAGGUAUUCCAUUGAGCACUAAGAGGUUGUCUGCUAUCCAAUGUGAGCCCUUAAUAGAGAGGAUGUUAAGGAGGAUUCAAAGUUGGACAAUAAAGUUUAUGUCAUAUGCAGGAAGAGCAGUACUAGUAAAGAGUGUGCUAUUUGCUAUACAAACAUCCUGGGCUCAGAUCUUCAUUUUGUCCAAGAAAAUUAUCCACUUCAUAGAAGCAAUCUGUAAGAGGUUCUUAUGGACAGGAUAUGCUGAACCAACAAAGAAGGCUUUGAUAGCAUGGGACAAAUUGUGUCUACCAAAGGUAGCUGAGGGAUUAAAUUUUACCAAUGUGGAGAUAUGGAAUAAAGUAUCCAUAUGGCUGGCAAUUCAGCAAAGACUUGCUACUAAAGAAAGGCUAGCAAGAUGGGGUAUAAUUGCAGAACAAACAUGCUCAUUAUACAACAAAGAAUAUGAGACAGUGCAUCACCUAUUCUUUGACUGUGAGAUAUCAGGAGAGAUAUGGUACCGACUACUGGAAUGGCAAGGUAUACGAAGAAUAAAGAAAGCUUGGCAGGAGGAAGUGACAUGGCUAGAACAGGUGAGCAAAGGAAAGAGUGCAGGUGCAACAGUAUGUAGGAUGACCCUAGCAGCUAGGGGUGUCAAUGGAUAUUAA